AUGCCUUUCAGCUUCCCUUCCCGACCCGACCAGAAAGCCCGCCGCCGCAACAGCUCGGCAAGAGCAGUAUCUCAAUCCCAGACCCAGACCCAAGCCCGCAUGCUCCCAUACCGCGACACGGACAACAAGUCCAUCGCGUACGCCGCUCCCAAGCCCAACAGCAGCAGCAGCAGCAACACUCCUCCCCCAACAGCCGCGGAGGAGGAUGAGGAGGAGGAGGAAAGCCCCCCCUACUCCUCCUCUUCCGACGCCGAGCCUCUCGUCAGCCAGCAGCACCCGCCCUCCCCCGCUCCGAACAUGGACAAUCAGGCCGGCCCCCCCUUCCCCGCCGGGCUCUCCGAGUAUGACAUGCAGCACUUCACGGCCACGGGCCGCCCCGCGCCGCUGCGGUUCCGCGCCAGCUCCCUCGCUAGCAUGGCCGGCGACAUGUACACCGUGCCGCAGCUGCUGCCGAAGCGGUAUACCGAUGAUAGCAUCAUCCCUGCCAUCAUCACGGAUGUGAUUCCUUCAUCGCCAUCUUACUCUGCUUCUGCCUCUGCUUCUGCCUCUGCCUCUGCCUCUGCCUCUGCCUCUCCCACCAUCAAGGCCGCGGCAGCCGCCGAGGGAGAAGACGUGCGGAAGAAGGAGAAGGAGAAGAAGCCAGAAGGGGGCAAACUCGGAGGCCUGCUCGGGAAACUGAAAGGCGGCGGCGGAAGUAGCAGUGGCAGUGGUAGUGGUAGUAGGAGAGACGCGGACAGGAUCUUAAAGGUGGUGUACAUGCCGCGGCGGGAGUACCAGAAGUGGUUCGCACGGGACGAGAAGGGCUGCUAUAUCGGGAGUGAGGAGCAUAGGCGGUGGACGGAGGAUGAGUUGGAGGUGGCCUUUGGCCGCUAUAAGCCGGAGCCGCCGACUAAGAGGAAGAGGAAGGGAGGGCUCCUGUCUGGAUCUGGGUCUGGGUCUGGGUCUGGGUCUGGUGCGGGGACUUCGGGUGCGCUGAAUGCCGUGGGAGGAGGAGCGCUGAGCUGA